AUGCCUAGUUAUCCUGCGCAUGCAUCCCCGGCGUUCGCUCCAAUCGCAUCUCCGAGGCCACCGAUUCAUGACCGCGGCGUAUCCGACUACAACCUCGACCAUAAUCAGCGAUCAACGUUACCGCCCUUGGGCAGUCCUGCACUCGAUUCCGAACGCAAUCCUUUCACAGAUGGGCAAAGGCACGAUAGAGAAGCGGAGACCGCGGAUGUAGACAGCCAGCGUGAUGGACAUGCCGAUCAAGCACCACCUGCGCUGUUAGCUGCUUUGCCAGAGGUGCAUUGCGAAGUACGAGCCAGGAUACCAACUACCACGGGACAGGAAAUGUUCUUACACCUGUACCACAACAAUGCAGAUAACAAAGAACAUCUGGCGAUUGUGUUCGGCCCAUACAUUCGAAGUAGAAGUCUCGACGCGGUACGCCCAGGGGAGACUGAAAGAGAUCGGAUGAUCAGAGGAGCAUACGCAGGAACGCUUUUUCCAGGACGGACUAGUAGCAGAGUCGAGCAAUUGCGCAAAGAUGCUGGCGCCCCUCCACGAGCGUCCAAGAAUUACCUUGCGCAGCUUAAUGGACCGGGGCCUUCGUCGACAGCAUCGUCGACCGACACCCCUCCUGACGACGAUGCGCCGGUCUCAUCAUAUCCCGCACAUUUGGGCCCACCGUUAGUACGUAUUCACUCCGAGUGCUACACUGGCGAGACUGUGUGGUCGGCAAGGUGUGACUGUGGAGAGCAGCUUGACGAGGCAGCGCGAUUAAUGUCUCUUCCGACACCGGUACCGGGAAUAGCACAGCCUGAUCAGGAUUCCUCAGCGUCCCCUGUAACACAUUCAGCAGGAGGUGUCAUAGUCUACCUGAGGCAGGAAGGUCGAGGCAUCGGUCUGCUCAGUAAACUCAAGGCAUACAAUCUGCAAGAUCUCGGCCAUGAUACCAUGGAAGCGAAUCUGCUACUGCGGCAUCCUGGUGAUGCGCGGUCGUACGGCCUUGCGACUGCGAUUCUGGUGGAUUUGGGGCUCGGCGGCGAGCGCGGUAUUCGGCUGCUGACCAACAAUCCGGAAAAGGUGCGGGCUGUGGAAGGUCCAGCAAAGGAAGUGCGUGUCGUUGAAAGGGUACCGAUGAUUCCUCUCGCAUGGCAGACUGAAGGCAAGGAGGGCGUUCAAGGGCCGGAGGUGGAAAAAUAUAUUUCGACAAAGAUUGAGAAGUUCAAGCACAUGUUUAGUUCAUGA